AUGGCGACCGAAAAGGAUAUCCACGAUGGCGUCUCGACCCCCGAAACUACCCAAGUUCAACCCGAAAGUCGUACUGAGGGCGUCCAGGGUAAGCCUGGAAACGCCAUCGGCGAGGGCCAUCUCAGCCAUGGAGGCGCGAAGCGCGACGACGACUUCUACACUCGAAAUGGACUCAACUUCGAGUCCUUCAAGCGCCGAGACUAUGGACAUGGCAUCGUUGAACUUGACCGUACCAUGAAGACUCGUCACUUGCACAUGAUUGCUAUUGUCGUCCGCCCAGGUGGUUCCAUCGGUGCUGGUUUCUUCGUCGGGUCUGGAGGUGCUCUGGCUACCGGUGGGCCCGGGUCCAUUCUUCUCGACUUCUCGAUCAUUGGUAUCAUGAUGUUCAAUGUCGUCUACGCUCUUGGUGAACUCGCUGUUAUGUAUCCUGUGUCCGGUGGCUUCUACGUAUACUCGACUCGGUUCAUUGAUCCUUCUUGGGGCUUCGCAAUGGGAUGGAACUACGUCUUCCAAUGGGCUAUCGUUCUACCUCUUGAGUUGACGGUUUGUGGUCUGACAAUCAACUACUGGGAAGGGGCCAGAGACAUCAGUCUCGCUGUGUGGAUCACAAUCUUCUGGGCUGCAAUAACCUUCAUCAACGUUUUUGGAACUCUGGGAUAUGCCGAGGAAGAAUUCUGGUCGUCCCUUCUUAAGCUUUCGGCCAUCGUCAUUUUCAUGAUUGUGGCUCUCGUACUCGUAUGUGGCGGUGGCCCUGCCGGUGGUCGCUAUGACGAGUACUGGGGGGCGCGGUACUGGCACGACCCUGGCGCCUUCAAGAACGGCUUCAAAGGAUUCUGUGCCGUAUUCGUUACUGCUGCAUUCUCUUUCGCCGGUACCGAGCUCGUUGGCUUGGCCGCUGCCGAAUCCAGCAACCCCUUGAAAUCCUUGCCAGGUGCCAUCAAGCAGGUCUUCUGGCGUAUCACCCUGUUUUACAUCCUCGGCCUCUUCUUCGUUGGCCUCCUCAUCAGCUCCAAUGACGAGAAUAUUCUCGGUGCCGACAACCCUUACGCCGAAGGUACAUCACCGUUCGUACUGGCCGCCAAGUACGCUGGUCUAAACGGAUAUGAUCACUUUAUGAAUUCUAUCAUCUUGGUUUCAGUCCUCUCACUGGGAGUUUCGUGCGUCUACGGCGGCUCCCGUACUUUGACGGCUCUUGCGCAACAGGGCUAUGCCCCCAAGAUUUUCACCUACGUCGACAAGUCUGGCCGCCCUCUGCCCUCGGUUGCUGUCCACCUUGUCUGCGGCGCUCUUGCCUACAUCAACUUGGACGCUAGUGGCGAGACGGUCUUUAAUUGGCUUCUUGCCAUGUCAGCGCUCGCUGCCCUGUUCACAUGGGGAUCUAUCUGCCUGGCUCACAUCAGAUUCCGCAAGGCUUGGGCCUAUCACGGACACACUGUCGAUGAGAUCCCUUUCAAGGCUGCCUUUGGUGUUGCCGGAUCCUGGGUCGGUUUGAUUCUUUGCAUUCUUGUGCUAAUUGCCCAGCUCUUUGUUGCCAUCGCACCCGCAGGACAGGGCAACGAGCUCAACGAUGCCGCUGGAUUCUUUGAGGCCAUGGUCACCGUCCCUGUUAUCAUUGUCUUCUGGAUCAUUGGCUUCGCCUGGAAACGCACUGGUUGGCUCCGCACCCACCAGAUGGACGUUGAUACCGGACGCCGCGAGCUCGACUGGGAGGAGAUGAACCGCUACAAGGCCGAAGUUGCUUCUUGGCCUACGUGGAAGCGCAUGUAUAACAGAUUCUUCUAG